AUGGGCCCACAUUACUAUGUAACAUUAGCCCGGUAUCAUGUGCCCCAGUCGGGGAUUAUAUUUCAUGGUCAAAAUACCAUUUUCUUGCUUUUUACCCCUCUGGCUCGUCCACCGGGAAAUAUUGAUGAAGGUGGAAGAACAGCAUCAAAUGCCUUUGGCCAUGUCCGGUCUAUCUUGUUCCGAUGUAUACAGGAGGAGGAGGAGGAGGAGGAGCGGAGGACAUCUAGACAAGAAGGGUCGAUGGUGUAUGACAUGGUUAGGGGAAGCAGGGCAGAUCCUGCUGAGGGGUAUGUCCAGUGGAGACUGGGAUGCGGAGUUAUCCUGCCAAGGGGUAGGGAUAGGGUUAAGUAUCUUGUUCGCGUUGGCUUCCUUCAAUCUAGCGCCUUCACCACCACUUCUGAUUUCUCAUCAGCGCCUUUCCUACAAGGCGCCGGGAUCACAGUCUCCCCUGAUGCGCGCACCCUGCAAGACACAGGGAUCACAGUUUCCCCUGAUCCGCGCAACCUGGAAGACACCGGCACCACAGUCUCCCCAACCGCACAGGACACCAGCACCACAGUUUCCCCAUCUCCCUCUGACCACACCAACAACUAUGUUGGGACCUUAACUGUCCCCAACUUGCCCUCCAUUGUAGCGGCAUACACCAAAACCAUUGAAGACUCCAUCACGCCUCAUAGCGCAGAGACCAAACACAUGCCCAGGACUUUGGUCCUGCAGUCUGAUGAGGAUUCCAAAAGCAACAAUGAUAUGGAGGAAAAAAAGGCAAAGACACCUGGAAUAAUUGACAAUACUGUCAACAUGAAGUUUUUCAAUGUAUUCCAAUACUAG